AUGAGAUUUCCAUUACCCGCCGACACGUUUCCCGCUCUUUCGCUGUCUCUACAUGAUCAAGAGGCAUUGAAAAGCCUCGCGUAUGCUUUUGUAGAUGAUGCGAUGGUCGAGUAUCGAACCUUUCGAUCCCCACCACUUAAUGGCACUAUUGACGAGUCUUGUUUUAAAAUAAUCAAAAAACGGGAUGGCCUUACGUCAUAUCUAGACCGGAAAGUCGCAGUUCAGACGUUAAGAAAUAGUCCAGUAAUGAGAAAUUCAAUACAGGAGAGUGUGGGCUCCAUGAGCUUCUCGAGGAACUUGCAUGGCGUCCUGACAGUUGGAACAAUCAACGGGUUACUUGGCAAUCAAAUGUAUGGCGUGCAUCAAAACAGCACAGAGCUCAUGCGGAUCACGUCGGCAUACAUGAAUGACAUGAACGCGGAUGGGAGAAUUCUCAGUGAAAUCUGCCCACCAACUCCUGAAGACCCUGUACAUGGACUUCACAUUAAAUGGAGCGUUUCCUGCUUCGCACCUACGUUACUUCAUCACAUCGUUCGACCACGAGAUUUCGUGUAUUUAGACGGUACAGGAAUCGUGAAAGAUGAGAUAACAGGCGAGAAGAUUGGGUAUUGUGUUGUGCAUUCACUCGAAAUUCCAGGCAUUCGAGAAUUGGUCGAGUACCAAAUUGUGCGUGCCACGAUCUCAAUCUGUGCAUUGUUUCGACAAAAAUCAAAUGGCGUCGUGGAAGUUUACCUUAAAGGUUUUGUCGACUCCAAGGGCGACAUCCGCACAAAAGUUGCGAUUUCUGCCACGGCUGAAGCGUUAAUGUCGUAUCGCAACGGAACAUAUUGUGGUCAGAUGAAGAAGCUAAAUUGGCUGCUGAAAACUAAAAACAUGGUAAUGCUCGAUCAAUUUAGUGGCAUGUGCUUCGUGUGUCAAAAGACGGUAAAAAUGUCUUCACAUGAUAAUUUGUGUCAAGUAUGUAUGAAUCAAGUGUGCUCGUCAUGCAGUGAAGCUCAUAAUCUGGUGUUUCUGUCCUCCACACGGCAAAUAAGACGUCGGAAUGUGUCAUUCUGUGCUCGAUGUAUUCGGGUUGCUAAAUUAGCUGAUGGACUUGAAAUUGCGGCCGAAGAGUUGCGUCGAUCAAAUCCACUUGAAUAUCAUACAAUCUCUUCCAGUGAUGGUGAAUCACCUGUCUCGCCGUCGAGAUCGACUUUACCAAGCAAUCAGCAAGAAUUCUUUGGCGCCUAG